AUGCCUGAGCAGGUAGAUGCUGUGUGGUGCGAAUGGAGGUUGCUGGGCCUUAACAGCGCUCAGAUCCAGAGCUCCGCCGAGUUAGCUCCUCGUCACUACAGGGAGGAAUGUAACAAUCUCACCUAUUUAGUGGCCAAGCAGAAGCAACUCUGCUCACUCUCCCAAAAUGUUCUCAAGACGGUGAGCCUGGGCGCGCGCACGGGCAUCGGCGAGUGCCAGCACCAGUUCCGGAUGCACCGCUGGAACUGCUCCACCUUCACCGACUCCCCCCACGUCUUCGGCCACCUCCUCAGGAUCAAGAGCCGCGAGAAGGCCUACGUGUACGGCAUCUCGGCAGCAGGUGUGGCGUACGCGGUGACCCGGGCCUGCAGUCGCGGGGAGCUGACCGAGUGCGGCUGCGACGAGCGGAUUCGUCAGCGCCCGAACCGCGGCAGGUGGGAGUGGGGAGGCUGCUCGGAGGACCUGACCUUUGGGGAGAACUUCAGCAAGGAGUUUGUGGACGCGAGGGAGUCCAGGAACAGCGCCGAGGGCCUCAUGAACCUCCACAACAACGAGGCUGGAAGGAGGGCCAUCAGAUCAGAGAUGGAGAUCCUGUGCAAGUGCCACGGCGUCUCGGGUUCCUGCAGCAUGCGCGUGUGCUGGCGACGCAUGAGGGCCUUCAGGAGCAUUGGGGACUCUCUCCUGCACCGCUUUGAGGGCGCUGUCAUCGUCAGAUACGUGAAUCGAAAGAAGAGGAAGAAACUCCGGCCACUGAGACGCGGUUUCAAGAAGCCGAGCCGUCGUGACCUCGUCUACCUAGAAGAGUCGCCAGACUACUGCAACCGGAAUCAAACGCUAGGCGUCCUGGGCACGGUGGGGCGGCUGUGCAACAAGACCAGCUGGGGCAUGGAUGGCUGCAAGAUCCUGUGCUGCGGCCGAGGAUACCAGACCAUGGUGAAGGACGUCGAGGAGAAGUGCAACUGUCGAUUCAUCUGGUGUUGCAAAGUGGAAUGCGAGAGAUGCCGAGUGAGACGCGAAGAGCAUUAUUGCAACUGAAGGCGAGGGCUCCUUCCCGACCCGGAAGGCACGAGAGAAGGAGACAGG